AUGAGGUCAGACUCUGACAUCAUCCCCUGUGACGUCAGCACCCGUGAGGACAGCCCCUGUCAUGUCAACCCCAUGACAUCAGCCCCCGUGGCGUCAUUCCCUGCCCUGCCGCCCCCGCCACUGUCUCCUUUGCCCAGCGCCCCGGCCGAGGCCAGCGGCAGCCACCAGCCAGACCUCGCCCUGGACAGCUCCGGGAGGGAGGUGCUCCCCGGCAGCGCCCGGCCUGCCGUCCAGCAGGCCUGCGCGCGGGACCCGAGGGCCAGGGGCCAAGGCGCAGAGGGGAGGAGGGCUGCUGGGCCACCCCACGAGAGGCAUGGGCCCCCCGCUGCCGCUGGCAGUGGCGCCCCUGGCCACUGCCCCGACGCCCCCUCCCAACUCCAGAAGGAAAAGGAGGUGCCCAAGGGGCACGCGGGGGGGCCCUCUGGUAAGAGCAGCGCCGCCAGGCCCGGGGGCUGCCAGAGCCUGCCCAAGGACACGGCCGCCCCGCCUCUCCCCAGCCAAGCGCCCGUGUCCCCAGAGACGCCCAGGAAGGCCGGAGCGAGCCCGGCGCCCACAGAGCCGGCCCCUGGCACCGAGGGCAGGGUGAGGCCCGCCACCCUCAAGGCCAAGCCAGGCCCCCACUCCCAGGGCGGCGGAGACCCAGGACGGGGGGCCAAGACAGCCGGGGGCAGCCAGCCCCAGCCGGCCAGCGGGCAGCUCCAAAGCGAGACCGCCUGCACCCCGGCCAGGCCCGGCUGCCCGGGCCAGACCCUUGCCCCCGACAAGCCUGGCCCUCGCGCCACAGCCAAGGGCUGCCCCAAGGGGCCCAAGGAAGCUGGGGACCAGGGACCCCAAGGGAGCCUGGGCCCCAGGGAGGACGGAGAAGGCACUGCGAGAAAGAGAAAGAACAGGGCCCCCCGGCCAACCAGGAGCAGAGGUGGGGGAGCGGUCCCCGAAAAGCCCCCUCGGGCCCCCCGAAAGCAGGCGGCUCCCAGCCGAGUGCUCCCCACCAAGCCCCGGUCCAGCAGCAAGACACCGCUGCAGCCACUGGCGCCGCGGAAAGGGGAGCCCACCCCUGCUCACAGGGAUGCCCGGCCAGGGGGGCUGGGCCAGGCCCUCCCCCAGGCCAGACCCCUGCACGGGUCCCCCAAGAGGAGCAGAGUUGUCCUCAGCGCCGGGCUGGCCGCUCCCCACGCCUGCCGGACGGCUGAGUCCCAGAGCACCCUCCUCAGCCAGCUCUUUGGGCAGAGACUGACCGGCUUCAAGAUCCCCCUAAAGAAGGGCUCCGCCCAGUGAGCGCAGCGGCGGGCGCCGGCAGCAGGGCCGGUCCAG